UUUUUCGCGUGUGUUUGGAGGGAAGCAGUUCGGUCUCUUUUCGCAUUGCCAAAUCUAUUUGAUUUCUCACAACUCACGCCAAAUAAAAUUGUGUUAAUCAUGUCUUCAACAGAUAUAGCCAUGGAAGCAAGUGUCGAGCCUGCAAUCGGCCUCAUCCCAAUCGGAAUUGCGGCGAACUCGAAUAAUGUUUUAAAGAAACUUGCCAGCGCAUCUGCUCCAGCUGCUCCUCCUCCGGCGGUUGCAGCUGCUGUUGCUCCUCGUGAUGGCAGCGGCAAUGCGGACGAGAUGACUUCAAGAGAUUAUUACUUUGAUUCCUAUGCCCAUUUUGGGAUCCACGAGGAGAUGCUCAAGGAUGAGGUGCGCACGGUGACCUAUCGCAAUGCGAUGUACCACAACAAGCAUCUCUUCCAGGGCAAGACCGUUUUGGAUGUUGGCUGCGGCACGGGCAUCUUGUCCAUGUUUGCCGCCAAGGCUGGUGCGGCCCAAGUGAUUGCCGUCGACUGCUCGAAUAUUAUUGAGUUCGCUCGCCAAGUGAUAAUCGACAAUAAUUUGCAGGAAAUUAUCACCGUAGUCAAGGGGAAAAUUGAGGAAAUUGAGCUGCCUGGUGGAAUUGAGAAAGUCGACAUUAUUAUCUCCGAGUGGAUGGGCUACUGUCUGUUCUACGAGUCCAUGCUGGAUACGGUUUUGUAUGCACGCGACAAAUGGCUGAAACCCAAUGGAAUGAUGUUUCCGGAUCGGGGCACACUCUACAUCACAGCGAUCGAAGACCGCCAGUAUAAGGACGAGAAGAUCAACUGGUGGGACGAUGUCUACGGCUUCGAUAUGAGCUGCAUACGCAAGGUGGCCGUCACGGAGCCCCUCGUCGAUGUUGUCGAUCCCAAACAAGUCGUGUCCACGGCUUGCAUGGUGAAGGAAGUCGAUUUGUACACGGUGCAAAAGGCGGAUUUGAAUUUCUCUUCGAAAUUUAAUUUGACAAUUAAGCGGAAUGAUUUUGUGCAGGCUUUGGUCACCUAUUUCAACAUUGAGUUCACCAAGUGCCACAAGCGACUGGGAUUCAGUACAUCGCCGGACUCAACGUACACGCAUUGGAAGCAGACAGUAUUCUACCUGGACGACCACAUGACGGCGAAGAAGAACGAGGAGAUCAACGGCACCUUUCAAAUGAAGCCAAAUGAGCGAAACAAUCGCGACUUGGACUUUGUCAUCGACAUCCAUUUUAAGGGGGAUCUGUCCGAGAUUCAGGAAUCAAAUACAUACCGCAUGCGCUAGCUAUUUAAGCUAAUCCUUUAGCCUUCUUAAAUGAUGACUAGAUUUAAAUGAUUAAGAUUAUAUUCAAAUCCAGUGUGCAACAGCGAGAACGAAAAACAAACAAACAAAACAAGGAAAUGAUGAUGUGUGUUGCGUCUUCUGCUAAGUUUAAAGUGUGUACCUUUUUAAGUAAGCAUCAUAUUUUGACAAGUGUGCGCCUGUUUAACAAAUUAUGUUUCACGACUACUUCUAAGUAAAUUGUACAGUUGCACAUUAAGUCGAACAAUGAACACAUAUUAAAGUGACUUGACUGUGCCCACAAAGCACAUCAUUUUACUUGAA